GUUGCCUGCGUCUUCUGUGACGGCGUGUAAACAUCCGUUAGAAGCUCUCUAGGAGGAAUAGAACACAGAGUUGUAAUUUAUUAUAAAUCUUCUGGCUGUACAAAAUGAGGGCUAUACUGACAUGGAUGGAUAAAGUGCAUGACAGAGAUAAAGUGGAGCAAUGUGUCUAUGAUCUGGCUUUCAAGCCUGAUGGAACACAGCUUAUUGUUGCUGCAGGAAUCCGAGUUAUGGUUUAUGACACAUCAGAUGGAACUCUUAUUCAGCCCCUGAAGGGUCACAAGGACACAGUGUAUUGUGUAGCCUAUGCUAAAGAUGGCAAGCGUUUUGCCUCAGGAUCAGCUGAUAAAAGUGUCAUUAUUUGGACCUCAAAGCUGGAAGGGAUUUUAAAAUAUACGCAUAAUGAUUCUAUUCAGUGUGUUGCAUAUAAUCCAAUUACACACCAGCUGGCUUCAUGUUCAUCUGGUGACUUUGGUUUAUGGUCACCAGAACAAAAGUCUGUUUCUAAGAACAAGGUCAACAGUAAAAUCACUUGCUGUGGAUGGACAAAUGAUGGUCAGUACCUUGCACUCGGAAUGUUCAAUGGCAUUGUGAGCAUUAGGAAUAAAAACGGAGAGGAGAAAGUGAAAAUUGAACGCCCUGGAGGUUCUUUGUCACCUAUCUGGUCUAUAGCUUGGAGCCCCUCUAAAGAUGAACAUAAUGAUAUUUUAGCUGUGGCAGACUGGGGACAAAAACUCUCUUUCUACCAGCUUAGUGGAAAACAGAUCGGAAAAGAUCGGUCUUUAAACUUUGACCCUUGCUGUGUCAGCUUUUUUUCCAAAGGAGAGUAUAUUGUUAUGGGAGGGUCAGAUAAGCAGGUUUCUUUGUAUACAAAAGAUGGUAUACGCCUUGGUCCCAUUGGUGAACAGAAUUCAUGGGUUUGGUCUUGUAAAGUAAAACCAGAAUCCAACUAUGUGGUGGUUGGUUGCCAGGAUGGAACAAUUGCACUGUACCAGCUGAUCUUCAGCACUAUUCAUGGUCUUUAUAAGGACAGAUACGCUUACAGGGGCAGCAUGACAGAUGUUAUUGUUCAGCACCUUAUUACAGAGCAGAAAGUGAGGAUUAAAUGUAGAGAGCUAGUUAAGAAAAUUGCCAUUUACAAAAACAGAUUGGCAAUCCAACUACCAGAGAAAAUCCUGAUUUAUGAACUGUACUCCGAUGACUCCACAGAUAUGCAUUAUCGUGUAAAAGAAAAAAUCUGCAAAAGAUUUGAGUGCAGCCUGUUGGUUGUUUGUUCACAACAUAUCAUUUUAUGCCACGAAAAAAGGCUCCAGUGUUUGUCAUUUAACAGUAUUAAAGAGAGAGAAUGGCUUAUGGAAUCCUUAAUCCGUUACAUAAAAGUCAUUGGUGGUCCACCAGGAAGAGAAGGUCUUUUGGUAGGCCUAAAAAAUGGAGCCAUUCUAAAAAUAUUUGUCGACAAUCCGUUUGCCAUCACACUGCUGAAACAGGUGACAUCUGUGCGCUGCCUGGACAUGAGUGCAUCUCGGAAUAAAUUAGCUGUAGUUGAUGAGCAUAACACAUGCCUUGUCUAUGAUAUUCGUACAAAGGAGCUGCUCUUCCAGGAACCAAAUGCUAAUAGUGUGGCCUGGAAUACUCAAUGUGAGGACAUGCUGUGCUUCUCAGGCAGUGGCUAUCUGAACAUCAAAGCCAGCAAUUUUCCAGUUCACCAGCAGAAACUCCAAGGUUUUGUGGUGGGCUACAAUGGUUCCAAGAUUUUUUGUUUACAUGUCUAUUCAAUGUCUGCAGUUGAAGUUCCUCAGUCUGCCCCUAUGUACCAGUACCUGGAGAAGAAAAUGUUUAAAGAAGCCUACCAGAUUGCUUGUUUGGGAGUAACUGACAAUGACUGGCGAGAUCUGGCAAUGGAAGCUCUGGAAGGACAGGAUUUUGAAACUGCAAAAAAAGCAUUUAUUAGAGUUCGUGAUCUAAGGUACCUGGAGCUCAUUAAUAGCAUUGAGGAGAGGAAAAAACGGGGAGAGACUAACAACGAUCUGUUUCUGGCAGAUGUUUUUGCCUACCAGGGGAAGUUCCAUGAAGCCGCUAAGUUGUACAAAAAGACAGGAAAUGACAGUCGUGCUCUCAAUAUGUACACAGACCUGCGCAUGUUUGAAUAUGCCAAGGAUUUCCUUGGCUCAGGAGACCCAAAGGAUACAAAGAUGUUGAUUACCAAACAGGCAGACUGGGCCAAGAAUAUCAAUGAGCCAAAAUCAGCAGCAGCAAUGUACCUCUCAGCAGGGGAGCAUAUGAAGGCCAUAGAAAUCAUAGGAGACCAUGGCUGGGUGGAUAUGUUGAUUGAUUUAGCUCGGAAACUUGACAAAGCAGAGCGGGAGCCUCUAUCAAGGUGCGCAUUCUUCUUUAAGAAACUGGAACACCAUGGAUAUGCAGCUGAAACCUACAUGAAAAUGGGGGAUCUUAAAUCUCUGAUUCUUCUGCAUGUGGACACACACCAUUGGGAUGAGGCUUUUGAACUGGUAGAGAAGCAUCCAGAGUUUAAAGAUUAUGUGUAUGUUCCAUAUGCGCAGUGGCUGGCUGAGAAUGAUAGAUUUGAGGAAGCACAGAAAGCAUUUCACAAAGCUGGCAGACAAAAUGAGGCUGUAAAGGUCCUGGAACAACUAACUCACAAUGCUGUAGUGGAAAGCCGGUUUAAUGAUGCCGCUUACUACUAUUGGAUGUUGUCCAUGCAGUGUUUGGAUAUAGCACGGGAAAAUGAAGAAAAAAAAGCAGAAAUGCUGGAGAAAUUUCAGAAGUUUCAACACUUGGCAGAACUUUAUCAUGUUUACCAUUCCAUCCAAAGAUACACUGAUGAACCAUUUAGCUCACAUCUACCGGAAACACUGUUUAAUAUCUCCAGAUUUCUGCUUCACAACCUCACCAAGAAUACUCCACUUGGAAUAUAUAAAGUAAAUACCUUGUAUGCACUAGCAAAGCAGAGCAAAGCUCUUGGUGCAUAUAAACUUGCCCGACAUGCUUAUGAGAAAUUGCAAGGCCUUCGGAUACCUGCCCGCUUCCAGGAGACCAUUGAAUUGGGCAGCUUAACAUUAAGGUCCAAACCCUUCCAUGACAGUGAGGAACUUAUUCCAAUGUGUUACAGGUGCUCAACUAACAAUCCACUACUCAAUAACCAAGGAAAUGUCUGUAUUAACUGCAGGCAGCCUUUUAUUUUUUCUGCAUCAUCUUACGAAGUGCUGCCACUUGUAGAAUUUUAUUUAGAAGAAGGCAUAACUGAUGAAGAGGCGGUGGCUCUCAUUGACUUAGAGGCACCUAGAGCUGAAAAAAGCAACACAAAAUGGCAAGAGAUAACCCAAGCUGAUAGCCAGACUCUAAGACUUGAUGAUUCUGAGGAUAACGCUGAAGAGGACCCAUUCACUGCAAAACUGAGCUUUGAGCAAGGAGGAUCAGAGUUUGUCCCAGUGGUGGUAAACCGAUCAGUUCUGCGUUCAAUGAGCAGGAGAGAUGUUCUCAUAAAACGUUGGGCAAAACCCCUAAAAUGGCAGUAUUACAGGUCCUUGCUGCCUGAUGUUUCAAUUACCAUGUGCCCUUCAUGCUUUCAGAUGUUUCACAGUGAAGACUAUGAAUUGUUGGUUCUUCAACACAACUGCUGUCCAUAUUGUCGCAGACCAAUAGAUGAGCCUAACUGAAUCUGCACAAGGGUUUUUGUGAUGUCUACUUCACUACUCAUGGUCAGAUACAAACCUCAAGAAUAAUGAUGAGAGUCCUGAGCGUAAACACUCUGGUUAUGUCUGAAAUGUACAGAACUGUUUUACACUCUGAAAUAGGAUGAUUUUAAUUCCAAUAUUUUAUAAAAAUAAUGUAAAGGAAUGUAUUUUCUAAUAAGAGAAAAGCAAGAAAUUUUAAACGAUGUGCAAAACUAUUUAUUGCAUUACACAUGAUGGAGUUGAGAGAGACUCAAUGUUUUUCAGCAGCAAUUGAAAUAAUAGGCAGCACUUUAAUUAGGUGAGUGUAACUUAGUGUUAAUAUGGAUACAUUUUUCAACUUAUUUUGUGUUUGAUGAUACAGUAGUUGUAUCUCUGGUCAGUAAUACUCAUUUCACAUUUACUUAAGAUCGUAUAAUUCACAUAAUGGUGAAAUGUUACUAUUGAUCCUGUGAGGAUUGUGCCUGUUAAAAAAUAAUACAGAAUAUUUGAGUGCACAUUCAGUGAAUACAAUUUUAAAUUUAUAUACUACAAAAAAUUCAAGCUAUCAAACUGAUUAAACCAAAGUUUUAUCCUUGCCAAGAAUCAUUUAUUCUUAUAAAUAAAUGACAAUUAUUGUGAACUUGACAGAGCUUCAUCAUUUCAUUUAACUUUCUAUCUCUUUAUCCUGGUGAGGAUCAUGGUGGCAACAGACUGAGUUCUCUUAAUCCCAGCAGCAUUCUUUAAAAGCUAUUGCUGGGAAACUCUCAGGCUUUCUGUGCUUAGUUGAGAGGUGUAAUCCCUCCAACGUGUUUGGAUCUGGCUAUGCAUUUCCUCUCGGCAGGCCAUAUCUGGUGUACUUCCUAUGGGACGUACUACACGCCCAGACCACCUCAGCUGGCUUCUUUUGAGCAGUAACUCAAUUCUGAAAUCCUCAUGUCAGAUCAGAUCGUUAUGGCGCUCCAGUGAGUUUGAGAACUGUGCUUUCAUGUGCUACUGGUAGGGUUACUCUUGGCAAAUUGGCCUUAAAGAAGGAAAAAAAAUCCUUAAAGAUAAAAUUCCAUGAUAGUACUCAGUAAGCCUUAUAGAAAAAAAAUAUUUCUUUCUCAGCGGUCACUCUAAAUGAGAAUGAUGCUUGUCACUGGUUCCUUAAAUAAGUGAUUAUAACCCUGUCCCUAAACCACAGAUUAUGAAGUCAUUAUAACAGAAGCAAGGCCUGGUUGUGUUGUUCACCAGCAAGUGCUUAGUGCCCUGGUGACCCAUCAGCCUACAAAAUCAAUAAUGAGCUGGUACAAGUGCACAGCCGCGGGCCAGGAGAACGGCAUGGGUUCAGACAUGAUGCCAGUCUGUAGACCAGAAUGUGUAGGACAGUUCUGCCAUAGUAAAAAAUGAAUGUGUCUUUCUAAUGUCAACAGUGAAUGUAAGCUGUCAAUAUAAAAUAAUAAUGUUAUUGUGUUUAUAUGUUACAACCAAACCAACACUCUAAGCGUAUUUUGUAAAACGUUUAUGGCAUAUAUUAUUGAUUUAAUAAAUAUUAUACUCCAAUGAUUAAAGAUUUUAUUUAUAUAA